AAGCUUGCCCUGUGGGUAAUCCUGCCUCCCCAGAGCUGAGGGUCAGCUUAGAAAAGCACCGCAGGAGACGGGCCACAGCUAAUCGUAAAGCAGCGUGGUUACAACCCGACAGGGAACCGGAGCCAGUGGAGGUCCCUUGGGCAUGAGACUGUGAUGGCGACUCAGUGGACGUGACCUGGACGCAGCGGGCAUGAGGGUGGCACUGGGACCUGCGACAUCAGAACUUACACACUGUGUAUUUCUGCAGUGUUUUUGCUUGCUGUGUGUAGGCGCUGCCCCGGGGAGCAUAUGCGUAUGUGUGGACAUAUGUGUGCGUGGACACACGUGCAGUCUCACACCUGAAGCCAUCGGGUUCCUGCCUCCCACCACCCCGUCCCCCUGCCUCCCGACUGCCUGACCGCUCCCCGACUUUCCCACUCACAUCCUCUCCUGGUCUCUCCACAGCUGGCCCCCACAAGGACGCUCUUGGAUUCCCCAGCCGGGGGCCCUGCGUAGACCUGGAGCGGACACCCCCUCCUUCCUUCAUGAUUCGAUUGUAGCGCAGUGGCGAUGGAUGAUGAGGACGGGAGAUGCUUACUGGACGUGAUUUGUGACCCCCAGGCCCUCAACGACUUCCUGCAUGGAUCCGAGAAGCUCGACAGUGAUGACCUCCUGGACAAUGCCGGGGAGGCCCAGGGUGCCUUCUAUGAAGGCCCGGGGCUGCACGUACAGGAAGCUUCCGGUAACCAUCUGAACCCAGCGCCCAGCCAGCCGGCCCCCAGCGUGGACCUGGACUUCCUGGGAGAUGACAUCCUGGGCUCGCCAGCCACCGGAGGCGGGGCGGCAGGCAGUGGGGGCGCCGACCAGCCCUGCGACAUCCUCCAGCAAAGCCUGCAGGAAGCCAACAUCACCGAGCAGACCCUAGAGGCAGAGGCCGAGCUGGACCUGGGCCCCUUCCAGCUGCCCACCCUACAGCCAGCAGAUGCUGGGGCCGGCCCUGCCGGGGCUGCGGGCACUACUGCCGUGGCCGCGGGGCCCCAGGCGCUCUUCCCUGGCAGCGCCGAUCUGCUGGGGCUGCAGGCCCCACCCACCGUGCUGACGCACCAGGCCCUGGUGCCGCCCCAGGACGUGGUCAACAAGGCCCUGAGUGUGCAGCCCUUCUUGCAGCCCGUGGGCCUUGGCAAUGUGACCCUGCAGCCCAUCCCGGGCCUCCAGGGCCUGCCCAAUGGCAGCCCUGGGGGCGCCACAGCGGCCACACUCGGCCUGGCGCCCAUCCAGGUGGUUGGCCAGCCUGUCAUGGCACUCAACCCACCCACCUCUCAGUUACUGGCCAAGCAGGUGCCCGUCAGCGGCUACCUGGCCUCGGCAGCCGGGCCCUCAGAGCCCGUGACACUGGCCUCUGCCGGCGUCUCCCCACAGGGGGCUGGCCUGGUCAUCCAGAAGAACCUCCCAGCUGCCGUGGCCACCACACUCAACGGGAACUCGGUAUUCGCCAAUGCUGGGGCAGUCACGGCCACAGCUGGCGGGGCAACUUCGGGACAGCCACUGGCGGUGGCCCCGGGCCUGGGCACGACGCCACUGGUCCCAGCGCCCAACGUGAUCCUGCACCGGACGCCCACUCCCAUCCAGCCCAAGCCAGCAGGGGUGCUGCCCCCCAAGCUGUACCAACUGACGCCUAAGCCCUUUCCGUCCGCCGGUGCCACGCUCACCAUCCAGGGCGAGCCGGGCUCCCUCCCGCCACAGCCCAAGGCACCACAGAACCUGACCUUCAUGGCGGCUGGCAAGGCUGGCCAGAACGUGGUGCUGUCCGGCUUCCCCGCGCCCACCCUGCAGGCCAGCGUCUUCAAGCAGCCACCGGCCACCACAACUGGGGCGGCGCCACCGCAGCCACCGGGUGCCCUGAGCAAGCCCAUGAGCGUGCACCUGCUGAACCAGGGCAGCAGCAUCGUCAUCCCCGCCCAGCACAUGCUGCCCGGCCAGAACCAGUUCCUGCUGCCCGGCGCCCCCACCGUCCAGCUGCCGCAACCACUCUCCGCCCUGCCGGCCAACGUGGGCGGCCAGAUCCUGGCUGCCGCUGCCCCUCACGCCAGCGGACAGCUCAUCGCCAACCCCAUCCUCACAAACCAGAACUUGGCGACCCCGCUGAGCCUGGGCCCUGUGCUGGCCCCGCCCUCGGGUGCACACAGCGCUGCCACACACAUCCUCUCCGCUGCGCCCAUCCAGGUGGGCCAGCCCACGCUCUUCCAGAUGCCCGUGUCACUGGCGGCGGGCAGCUUGCCCGCACAGAGCCAGCCUACAGCCGCGGGCCCCACCACCACCACAGUCCUGCAGGGCGUCACCCUGCCUCCCAGCGCCGUGGCCAUGCUCAACGCCCCCGACGGGCUGGUGCAGCCAGCGGCUCCUCCCGCUGCUGCGGCGGCUGCCUCCUCCACCACCACCACCGGGGAGGCCACCCCCGUGCUCACCGUGCAGCCCACCCCACCAGCACCCCCUGCAGCCAGCACGCCGCUGCCCCUGGGCCUCCAGCAGGCGCAGGUACAGCAGUCCCCCCAGGCCACGGCCCCUCCAACCGCUGCCCCACCUCAGGCCAGCACCCCACAGCCCAGCCCAGGCCUGGCAUCCAGCCCGGAGAAGAUGGUCCUUGGGCAGCCACCGCCCGCAGCUACCACGGCCAUCCUUACUCAGGACUCCCUGCAGAUGUUCCUGCCCCAGGAGAGGAGCCAGCAGCCCCUCCCCACAGAGGGCCCCCACCUCUCCGUGCCCGCCUCGGUCAUAGUCAGCGCCCCGCCUCCUGCCCAAGACCCAGCCCCAGCCGGAGCCCAAGGAGCCGGCCUCGGCCCUCAGGCCCCCGACAGCCAUGCUUCCCCGGUGCCGGCCCCCCAGAUCCCGGCAGCCGCUCCACUGAAGGGCCCCGGUCCCUCCUCGUCCCCCUCGCUACCUCACCAGGCCCCAAUGGGAGACAGCCCCCACAUGCCCUCCCCACAUCCGGCCCGACCUCCCUCCCGCCCCCCCUCCCAGCCCCACUCUCGCCCCCCUUCCCAGCCCCAGAGCCUGUCCCGUCCCCCCUCUGAGCCCACCCUGCACCCCUGUCCCCCACCCCAGGCCCCACCCACCCUGCCAGGCAUCUUCGUUAUCCAGAACCCACUGGGCGUCCCCCAGGCUGCCAGCACCCCAGCCCCCACCGUCCCUGGCCCUCAGCCUCCUCUGCCACCUGAAGGGCCACUGCCUCCCGCCCCCCACCCGACUCCAGCCUCCACCGUGGCUUCCUCUGAGACGUCCACCAGGGUACCUGCCCCCACGCCAUCUGACUUCCAGCUUCAGUUCCCGGCUGGCCAGGGACCGCACAAGUCCCCCACGCCCCCGCCGAGCCUCCACCUGGUCCCUGAGCCGGUGGUGCCCCCGCCGCCGCCCCCACGGACCUUCCAGAUGGUGGCCGCCCCCUUCCCAGCUCUGCCCCAGCCAAAGGCCCUGCUGGAGAGGUUCCACCAGGUACCUUCCGGCAUCCUCCUCCAGCACAAAGCGGGCGGGGCCUCUGCUGCCACACCACAGGCCCUGGCCAGCCCCACGACCUCGGUGCUGGUCAGCGGCCAGGCCCCCUCCGGGACCCCCGCCACCCCCAGCCAUGCCCCUGCCCCGGCACCCAUGGCCAACACAGGCCUCCCUCCUCUGCUCCCCGCCGAAAGCAAAGCUUUUGCCGGCAGCCUCCCAGCCCUGAGUGUGACCAAGGGCCCUGUACCUGGACCUGGCACCCAAAGUUGUCUCUCCCUCGUCCCCUCUCUCUCACAGCUGAAGAAAGCCCCUGCACUGCAACCCAGCAAGGAGGCCUGCUUCCUGGAGCAUUUGCACAGACACCAAGGCUCCGUGCUGCACCCCGACUGCAAGACCGCCUUCCCCUCCCUGCAGGAUGCUCUGCAGCGCCUGCUGCCCUACCACGUGUACCAGGGCGCCCUCCCCUCCCCCAGCGACUACCACAAGGUGGACGAGGAAUUUGAGACGGUCUCCACCCAGCUACUGAAACGCACCCAGGCCAUGCUCAAUAAGUACCGACUCUUGCUCCUGGAGGAGUCUCGGAGGGUGAGCCCCUCGGCGGAGAUGGUCAUGAUCGACCGAAUGUUCAUUCAGGAGGAGAAGACCACCCUUGCCUUGGAUAAGCAGCUGGCCAAGGAGAAACCCGAUGAGUACGUGUCUUCCUCGCGCUCUCUCGGCCUCCCGGUCCCCGCCUCUUCCGACGGCCACCGGCUGUCCAGCCACGGAUCCGCAUCGUCCUCCUCCGCCGCCUCCGCCCCGCCGCCGUCGCACCUGCCCACCAAGCUUGUGAUCCGGCAUGGCGGGGCUGGUGGAUCGCCCUCCGUGACCUGGGCGCGGGCGUCCUCCUCCCUGUCCUCCUCCUCGUCGUCCGCUGCCUCCUCCCUGGACGCCGAUGAAGACGGCCCCAUGCCCUCCCGCAACCGCCCGCCCAUCAAGACGUACGAGGCGCGGAGCCGCAUCGGCCUCAAGCUCAAGAUCAAACAGGAGGCCGGGCUCAGCAAGGUGGUGCACAACACGGCGCUGGACCCCGUGCACCAGCCGCCCCCUGCGCCCCAGAGCGCCGAGCCCCCGCCGCGCCCGCCCCCGCCACCACCACCCCCGGCCGGCCAGAUGAAUGGCACCGUGGACCACCCGCCGCCGCCGGCGCCCCCUGCCACUCGCAAGGCCCCCGGGCCCGCGCCCCCCGGGCCGCGCCUGCCGCUCCGCAAGAGCUACCGAGAGCAUGCGGCCACCAGCCCCACGCCGCUGCCCACCAAGGUGGACGAGGCCACGAGCGGCCUCAUCCGCGAGCUGGCGGCCGUGGAGGACGAGCUGUACCAGCGGCUACUUAAGGGCACCGCCGCGCCGCCCGAGCCCGCGCACGCAGCCGCCCAUGCCCAGGGUGGGGAUGCCGGCUGGGAGGCCCCCACGCUGCCACCCGCCAAGCGGCGCAAGUCCGAGUCCCCAGACGUGGACCAGGCCAGCUUCUCGAGCGACAGUCCGCAGGACGACACUCUGACGGAGCACUUGCAAAGUGCCAUCGACAGCAUCCUGAACCUGCAGCAGGUGCCCGGCCGGCCACACGGGGCUCCAGCACCUGCCGCCUCCCCGCCACCCCUGCACCGGCCCGACGCCUACCCACCCUCCAGCUUCAACGGGGGCCUGGGCACCAGGACGUUGAACAGAUAACAGCGGGCGGCCGGGACCGCCCAUCCAAUGCCUAAGUUAUUGCAGUCGCCGAGGGCCGCCUGGCGGAGAUACGGGAGUGGGGUGCGCGCCUGGGGAGGGGGCCGGAGAGUGAUGGCCCCUCUUCCCUCCCUCCCCGCAGCCCCCAGUGCCCAUGCCCACCACAGCUCACACUCGCGCGGGGCUCGCAGGAGGGCACCCACAGCAGGGAGGGUCCGCCCUGACCGCUCAGCAGCCCUGGAGGAAGCCAGAGGUGGGUGGGGCUCGAGCAGGGUCCCCCCCCACCUCCCCCUGUGUCCUCCCCGCGACCCGCGCAGCCGCCCCUCACCCCUCUGCUGGGAUCCGAGCGCAGCCACCAGAAACCGGGGUACACCCGGUCCUCCCCCAACACACACGCGCGCACACACACACACACACACACACACACACGCACGCACGCGCGCACGCGCGCACCUGCGCGGCCAGUCUUCCUCUGCCUCCAGCCGCCCACGCCACGUGUUGAAAUCCCGGAGACAGAACUAGUACUGUAAGAUAAAUUUUUUUGUACUGUAUUUAUUGUGUAUAACGAUUUUUUUAAAAGGAGAAUUCUGUACAUUUAGAACUCUUGUAAAUUAAAAGCCGAUCCUUUUUUUUUUAAGACUG